AUGACAGCUCCUGUAUAUUUCCUGUCGCACGGAACGGCAUUCCUCCUCCAGAACGAUUCUCGUGUAAGAGAUUACUGGCGGAAGAUCGGUCAAGAGGCGCUUGAUAAUGGCUGCAAGGGAGUCAUCAUGAUGGCAGCUCAUUGGAAUGUCAACGGUGACAAUCAGAUCAGAGUUGCCAUGAAGCCUGAGCCUGGCAUGAUGCCAUUGACCAAUGCUCACCCUGAUAUAUGGAAAAAUUCCAAGCCAAACACCGACAUACAGAUUGGCAAACGAGCUGAUGAGACAAUUGAUUGGAUGAUCGAUUCCGAGAUAGCUCUUGUGGGCAUGUUCGGAGACAAAUGCCCACCGACAGUCAUCAUUUCUCAAAACUCCUAUUGGGACCCUUGGUUUCACGCUCGCAUGGGCGCUGCCGUUCGGUCACUUCGACACGAGGGUUAUCUGCUCAUUAGUUCGGGAGGUGGUACACACAAUCUCUAUCGUACCGAAUGGCAUUACGCUCUGAAGUACAGAGACGUCUUUGCCAACAUGGAGGACUUCUACCACAGCGUUCGUGAUGAUCCAGACCAUUCUGUUCUUGCUCCUGCCAUAUGGAGCAGAUGCACGCCUCAUCUCCCAGAGAGCACGGAGACCUCGAAGCUGAUUCCGGUGCCUCGACCGAAUCCAUUGCCUUCUGUCUCGAUAUCAAGCAUGGGUUUGAUCGACAAAAUUAUCACUCCUCGAUGUGGUCUUGUCGAGGUCAAGAAUCCGUGGGUAACCGGUGAGGAGCUAAGUAAUGGCUUGGGAGUGUUUCUUGGAACAUUCAGGGGUCGACUAUGUCUAAGUGCUACCUACGAUGACGCUUGGCAUGACAAGGCAGAGGUUCUGGACUUUCUCGAUCGUUGCAUAGCUAUCGUUGUACAGUCGGUCCCGACUUGA